GAAAAUUUCAGCACUGAUCAGUACAGUGAUACGUCAAAAGACUUGCUCAAUCUCUACAUCAAUGUCAUGUUGGUAAGAGUUCGUUUUUUUAUUGUAAUUAUAAAGUACCGGUAGUCAAUGUCAAUCUUGUAUAAAAUACAAUAGAUCAAUGUUCAGGCCAUCCCAGGAAGGAAAGGGUUGGGGUACAAUGAAAGGCCUUGGGCUUGUUAGGCGUGCGUUGGCGUGUGAUCAAUUUUUAAUUCCCAAUGCACUAGAAUUCCAAAUCCUCCCCGAGUCUUUUAAAGCGGUAUGCUAGGAAAAUCGUAGUUUGCGCUAGGAAAGUCGGAACGCCGUCAAGGAAAUGGUGGAAUGUAAAGGACGUUAGGAAAAUCGGAGCACUGUCAAUGGACAUUAUGGACCUACUGCUGCAGUAUACUAACUUCCCGAUGGAGGGCCUUUACUGUCGUUCCAAUUGAAGUGUUGCUCAAAUAUUGAUUCAAUACAUUACCUCGGGCUGACCAAUUCAUUUCAUCAAGUUCCUCGAGAUAUUCAUACACUUCCUAGUAUAAUUGUAAACUUCCUGCUGAAUAGUUUGAAUGCACCAAUCACCUUUGUUGUUUGUGCAACUAACCAAUCAUAAAUAGAAAGGAAGUGACCAGAAAUGAUCAAAUACUUGGAAUUGGCGCUUUCACAGGAAGUGUUAUGAAUAUCUCGAGGAACUUGAUCAAAUGAAUUGGUCAGCCCGAGGUAAUGUAUUGAAUCAAUAUUUAAGCAACACUUCAAUUGGAACGACAGUAAUAGCUCGAAACGUCGAAGUUUUAAUUGUAUUUUUCAGGUAGUUCAAUCCAUGGCCGGAUUUUGAGGGGAGGUGCUUGAGAUCGUUUUGCACUUCCCCUGAGAGUUUUUGCACCUCCCCUGAGAGUUUUUGCACUUCCCCUGAGAGUUUUUGCACCUCCCCUGAAAAGUCAUGCUACUCCCCUUGGGAAAGUUUCAACGGUAGAUCAAAGUGAAAAUUUGACAUUUUUUGGUUGCUUUUUUGUUCUACACUUCAUAAGAAAGUUUUUCUGUAAAAUUGAAACAGUGAUAGCCAUGCAAUUCAUCUCUAUGUCAAGUAUCCUUUUAAUGCAAUGUUUUGAAAGAAAUUUUGUGGUAAUUGUAAUGAAGGGAAAAUUUGGAUGAGUUGUUCAGUCAUAAUUAAUUAAUAUGCACAUGAUACAUAUGUACACUACAUGCAUACGUCAGGUCGUUGACUUUGGCCCGUUCUAAGCCCUAACUUUCCAUGGGGGUCGUGAGGUAGACCGCUGCACCUCCUCCAAAUUUUUUCCACCUCCCCCACUAUUUCCACCAAAAUCCGGCUUUGAUUCAAUCCCGCUCAAUCCGCAGUUUUCUGGCGUACCGCGAUGCAUGUUAUUGUGUCACAAACAUAAAAUAUUUUCUAAAGUUAGACUAUUGUGUCGGACUCUUAGAAAUGCUUCAUAAUUUUUAUUGCAAUAUAUAAUAUAUAAUAUACCGUAGUGUAUAUAUAAGGCCAUUAUAAAUAUAUUUUGAGACCCUUCAACCAUUACUGAAUCGAGUGAGAUGCUAAACAAAAUCUAGAUAUUUACCCAUAACCUAAAACAUGGCACUAUAUACCCUAUAUAGAUAUACAUGAACUUGUGGUUAUAGAGCUCGACACGCAACUGGCCUCUGUAGCUCAUUUGAGUUGGUUAGAGCGCUGCACCGGAAUCGCAGGCCGCAAGUUCGAUUCCUGGCUGGAACCUGUUGUUGCAUUUUUCGCAGCUGUUCCUGGUUAGGUGUAAUAAAUGUAUAUAGGAUAUUACACGGUUGCGAAGAGAUAUGGAUUUUAUGUUCGAGUGGCAAAAACAAUAUCUCACGAGUGAGCGCAGCGAACGAGUGAGAUAUUGUUUUUGACACGAGAACAUAAAUCCAUAUCUUCUCGCAACCGUUUAAUGUUCUGUUUAUUAUAUGGACUUACUCAGAGUGACAAAAAUACACACAAAGACGACAUGUAAAUAAGCACGCAAAAGAUCAGUUUAAAAGUGAUAUUUUUUAAAGGUGAUCUACAGUCCGUAUGUAAACAAAGCCUUUGUUAGUAUUCAGUAUAAAUUUCGUACUCAGAUAGGCGACAGCUACGACUUUCUCGCGUCAGUACGGGAUGGCGUAAGCAUACAGCAUGCGUUUCUCUUGACGAAACUCGUACUCGCAGUCGCUGCUAAAGCUCCCUAUUACCACAGAGUAGAGACAUACAGAGACGUAAAUAGUGUAUCCACUUUUUUUGUGCGCAUGCUCGGCAAGUUACUAGAUGCAUGCAUCUGAUUGGAUGACGACCUGAUGACGACUCACUUUAAACUUGCUGAGCACGCGCAGUUGAUCAUUUUUCGCCCGGUCGCCUGAAAAAAAGUGGGUACAUGAUAACGUAAUCUUCCGCAGUGUUUACAACGGUCAGUUACGUCUCUGUAUGUCUCUACUCUGUGCUAUUACUGAAUCGAAUGAGACACCAACAAAAUCUCGAUAUUGAGGCGUAGACUAUUUGUCAUGUAAGUUUUGUACAUGUAUAAAAAACAGUGGAUGGUAUAAAUUUGUAUGAUCGUUUCAUUUCCAUUCUAGGGCCAAGCUCAAGAAUGUCUCUUAGAGAAGUCCAUGUUAGAUAACAGGAAGAAUUCGUUAGUCGCUAGAAUCGCAAUGCAGGUUUGACAUUUGUAGCCUAUGCUAUACUGGAUCUAUAAUUAAUGUAGUAGAAAGUGUAAAAAGCUUGACCCUGGUUUAAUGGACCUAUUCCCUAAUGAACAAAAUUUUGACCUAUAGACAAGUCUGGACAAACAUUUCAUCACAGCUUGAAAGAGCAUCACAAAAUUAGUAAUAUUACGAAGUUUCAUUGCGAAAUGUUGAAAAGUGCGGAUAAUAUAUCCCUGCGAAGUUUGCCGUUUUUCAGUCAUUUUGUAUUACGCACGGGAAAUUGAUACCUUUUUUUCAGAAAGCGGUAUCAAUUUCGGUAUCGGGAGUAAAAUAUUGUUUUUAAUAACACGAGAAGAUAAAAGUCCUAUCUUCAAGCCACCGUGUGAAAUCCUCUAUGUAUACAGUUGUGACUGGACCAUAUAGAUAUCUUAUAUGCACGAGAUAGCGCAUCUGUUUUAGUAAAAUUGAAGCCAAGAAUAUUCCAGCGAUUGCUCCAUUUGAAUAGAUGGCGGCCAUGUUGGUAGUUCCCAUGCACUCGCUAAUAAACGCUUGAAAACAACAAUAACUUUCAUCAUUUGAAUAGUUUAAAAAUGUAUUUGGAAUAAGUUUAACUUAAUGUUUAAGUUCCCUGUUUAAGAAAUAGAAAAUAUACGAAUCCUCUCAUUUUAUGGGAAUAUCCUGAGUCUGCAAUCACGGCUUCAAUUUUUGAAAUGCAGAAUAAUUAAUAGAUGCACUGUCUGGUGUAUAUAAGUUAUCUAUGGACUGGACCUAGAAAUUUACUAAAAUGUGACAGGACCUAGUAAUUUACUAAUGUUACUAAAAGUCACGUGAUCGAUAUCUUCACUAGUGAAGAUAUGGAAAAUUUCUCACUGUGUAUUUUUUAGUAUCUCACUCUCUACUAUAGAAUAAUAUAUAUUAUUAGUAUCCUUUCUACCAUAUUUUAGAUUUACCGGUAUUGUAUUUUUCCUAGGUUCAAAAUUAUUAUACCGAAGCCAUUGCUUGCUUGACCUCUUCUUUCGGAGAAAUACUACCUCCCAGAAUGCACAAG